AUGGACGCCUAUCGUGAAUUCAUUGAGCCCACUAGGGUUUCACACUGUAUCGGAUGUAAUUUCAUAUCGCCUACAGUGAAACAUCUUGUUGUCGCUAAGGCUACGUUACUUCAAGUAUUCGAAGUGAUUGACCCUUCAUCAAACGGAUCCUACAAUCUUAGACUCAUUGAACAAUUCAAGCUUCAUGGUAUGGUAACGGACUUAAAGGCUAUUAGAACCGUCGAAAAUCCUCAGCUUGAUUAUAUUCUUGUAGCCACAAAGUUUGCCAAAAUGUCAUUAAUCAAAUGGAAUCACCGUUUCCAUUCGAUUUCCACUGUUUCGCUUCAUUAUUAUGAAAAUUCUAUUCGUGAUUCUACUUUUGAGAAACUUACAAGAACUCAUUUAAUUCUAGAACCAAAUAAUAAUUCAUGUUCAUGUAUGAGAUUCAAGAAUUUAUUGACAUUCCUACCAUUUGAAACUCUCGAAGAUGAGGAUAGUGACAUGGAAGAUGUUGGGAAUACUUCAUUGGUUCCUAGAAAUACUCAUGGUGACAAUUUCGACCUUUAUGGUUCAAGUUUUCUAAUGGAUGCUCAAACUUUAGAUCCAUCUAUUGGUGAUAUCAUUGAUAUGCAGUUUUUAUACAAUUAUAGAGAACCAACCCUUGCAAUUAUAUAUGUCAAUACCUAUACAUGGGCUGGAAAUUUGCCCAAGGUUAAAGAUAAUAUUAAUUUUAUGGUUUUAUCACUUGAUUUGAAAACUAAAACAACAACCACAGUCUUAAAGGUUGAAAAUCUUCCAUAUGAUAUAGAUAGAGUGAUUGCAUUACCUCAACCAUUUAAUGGUAGUUUAUUACUAGGAGCAAAUGAAAUUAUUCACAUCGAUAAUGGUGGGAUCACCAGAAGAAUAGCUGUGAAUAAAUAUACUGAAAGUAUUACUGUCUCAACAAAAAACUACCUUGAUCAAACCGAUUUGAAUCUACAACUUGAAAAUUGUACAAUCGCACCAAUUCCUAACGAUAAUAGGUUAUUGAUGAUUCUAGAACAUGGAGAGUUUUAUUAUAUAAAUUUUGAAGUAGAUGGGAAAUCGAUCAAGAAAAUCUUUUUAGAAAUGGUGAGUCCUGAUUCAUAUCAAGGUGUACAAUUCAACUAUCCUGAACAUAUUGUAUCACUUGAUAAUAGCUUGAUAUUUGCUAGUAAUAAGAAUGGUGAUAGUCAUCUAUUAGAAUUGAAGUAUGACAAUGACAUUCUGGUGGAAAAUAACGAAUCUCUGGAAGGUAAUGGUAACGUCAAAGACGACGAUGAUGAUGAUGAUUUAUAUGAAGAAGACAACGUUUCUCAGAAGACUGUCAUUAAGAAGGGACUGAUUGAGUUUGUUUUGCACGAUUCUUUAAGAAAUAAUGGACCAAUUUCAAAUUUUACUCUUGGACAUUUCUCCACCGAAAAAUUCAAAGCAAAUUUAAUAAAUCCAAACCAUAAAGAAAUCUCAAUUGUUAGUACUUCAGGUUCAGGUUCUCAAGGUGCAUUAAACAUCUUUACUCCAAGUGUACAACCUAUUAUUAAAUCUUCUUUGAGUUUUUCACAAAUUAACAGAAUGUGGACUAUUUCCAAGAAAUACUUAAUAACAUCUGAUGAUAUUAAUUCUAAAUCAGAAAUUUUCCAAAUAAAUAAGUCAUUUGCAAGAUUAGAUUCUAAAGACUUUAUUAAUAAUGAAUCAACAAUUUCUAUGUUCGAAAUGGAUGAUGCUAAAUUUUGUGUUCAAAUAACCCCAAAACAUGUUGUGUUGUAUAAUCAUAAAUUCAAAAAAGUAGCAUCACUCGAAAACGAGUUAUCAGACUAUGAACUGGAAGAUAUAAUCUUUGGUACGUUAAGUGAUGAGUUCUUAUUGAUUACAUUGUCUAGUGGUGAAGCAAUGAUCUUUUCCGUCAAUACUUAUAGUGAAUCUUUCACAAAGAUAAACUUACCUAAAAUCUUAUCAGAUACAAUUAUUACAACUGGUUAUAUUACAAACUCACAUUUACUUAAUGCUGUACUGAAGGAUAUCAAUAUAUUAUUGAACCGUGGUGUGAAAAGAAGACAUAAUAGUACCACGGCUGUUAAUGAAGAAAAGAAUUCUGAUUUAGGUCCAAAGACUAAAUUAUUUGUUUUAGUUACAGGUGAGAAUAGAAUUAUUGUCUUCAGUAGAUUCCAUAAUGAAAAAUGUUAUCAAUUAAAUGAUAUUGAUAAAUUUUCUAAGCAUUUAUCAUUAGGUUUUUUCGAACCUAAGGAUACUUUCCCAGACCCGUUUAUCAAACAAGUGAUUUUGGGUGGGUUGGGAGAUAACCAAUCUAUCAAUGAUGAAUAUUUAACUGUUCUUACUAUUGGAGGUGAAGUUAUUCUUUAUAAGUUGUAUUUUGAUGGAGAAAACUAUCAGUUCAUUAAGCAACAAAAUUUAAGAAUUACUGGUGCCCCGGAAAAUGCAUACCCUGCAGGGACUACUAUUGAAAGAAGAUUAGUAUAUAUCCCUAAUUGUAAUGGAUAUUCAUCCAUAUUUAUAACAGGUACUGUCCCAUAUUGGAUAUCAAAAACGUCGCAUUCGAUUCCAAGAAUCUUCCAAUUUUCCAAAAUUCCAGCAAUUUCAUUUUCAUCUUAUUCGGAUAGUAAAAUAUCAAAUGGAUUUGUCUUCCUUGAUAAUAAUAAGAACGCUAGAAUUGGUGAAAUUCCUACUGACUUUAACUAUGAUAAUAAUUGGCCGCUGAAACGGAUUGAAAUGAAAGAAACAGUCAAGAGUAUUACUUUCCAUGAACUGUCCAAUACAUUUGUUAUAUCGUCAUACACCGAAAUUCCAUAUAAUUGUAUUGACGAAGAAGGUAAACCUAUCGUUGGUACUGAUGAUACAAAACCUCCUGCAACAUCUUAUAAAGGAUAUAUCAAAUUGUUAUCGACGUUCAAUUGGUCGAUAAUUGAUACAAUUGAACUAGCAGAGAAUGAAGUUGGUAUGUCUGUUAAAUCUAUGGUUCUUGAUGUUGGAAUUUCAUCCAAAAGGUUUAAGAAUAAAAAGGAAUUCAUAGUCGUUGGUACCGGGAAGUAUCGUAUGGAAGAUUUAGCUGCCAAUGGAAGUUAUAGAAUCAUUGAAAUUAUUGACAUUAUUCCAGAACCAGGCAAACCAGAAACUAACCAUAAAUUCAAAGAAUUUUUCAAAGAAGAUACAAGAGGUGCAGUGACUUCAAUUUGUGAAGUCAGUGGUAGAUUUUUGGUCAGUCAGGGUCAAAAAAUCAUCAUUAGAGAUUUACAAGAUAAUAGCGCUAUUCCAGUUGCAUUCUUAGAUACAUCUGUUUAUGUAUCCGAAGCUAAAAGUUUUGGUAAUCUUUUAAUCUUGGGUGAUUCUUUAAAAAGUAUUUGGCUUGCUGGGUUUGAUGCAGAACCUUUUAGAAUGAUUAUGUUGGGUAAAGAUUUACAGUCUUUAGACGUAUGUUGUGCGGAUUUUAUUGUAAGAGAUGAAGAUAUAUUCAUUUUACUUGCCGAUCUGAAUAAUGUUUUGCAUGUUCUUCAAUAUGAUCCUGAUGAUCCAUCAUCAUCAAAUGGUCAACGACUUAUUCAAAAGUCUUCAUUUAAUGUUAAUUCUAAUACAACUUGUUUGAGAUCUCUUCCUAAAAAUGAAGAAAUUAAUCCUACGAGCUUAGAUAACUUUCAAUGUAUUGGAUCUACUAUAGACGGCUCAUUCUUUGUUGUAUUCCCAAUUAGUGAGGCUACCUACAGAAGAAUGUAUAUUUUACAACAACAAAUCAUUGAUAAAGAAUAUCAUUUCUGUGGUUUAAAUCCAAGAUUAAAUAGAUUUGGUGAUUUAAGAGUGACUGCAAAUGAUAUUAAUGUUAAACCGCUCUUAGAUUAUGAUGUCAUUCUGGUCUUUGCCCAUCUUACAGAAGAUAGAAAGAGAAACCUUUCUACAAAAGCUGGUUCAAAUAUGUAUCAAGAAAUUUGGAAAGAUCUUAUUGAAUUCGAAAAUGUUUUAAAGAAUCUUUAA